AUGUCCAAUAAAGAAGAAAAACCUAGAAUGGAAAUCCUAGUCGCCGUUUUGCUUUUGUUGACACAACGCACGUACGCCGUAAAUUUCACCAAUAUAUUACAACAAUAUGCCCUGAUGUGUGGACACUCACAUCUUUGCAACUGGUCUGCAAUUUACGACAUUGUCUUUCCUGCAAGAAUUUACGACGGUCCAGACAUUUGUCCCCAUUGCGCAUGUGACAGACAAUGUAUUGAACGAGGAGACUGUUGCCCGGAUGUUCUGUUUCCACAUCCAGGACUAGCGUGUCUAAAUCUUGCUAUAGUCAAUCCGAACAACGUAAGGAAACAUGCAUUGGCUCUUAUAGAAUGUCCGGCAAAUACGCCAGCGGCAUUAGCCGAAAAAUGCUCCGGGAAAUACAGCAGUAUGGAGAAGUUAACACUGACUCCAGUGGCGUCUGCCAGUAGCUUAGUUGUUUACAGAAACAAGUUCUGUGCUGAAUGUUUUAAGGAAGAGAACACUAUUCCCUGGUCUUUGAAUAUAGACUGUCCGGGUAUGAUUGAUUUGAAUCAUCUAACUUCGUACGAUGCUAUCAUAGAUAUGAUUGAGGGAAAGUCUUGUUCUAUGAUGUACCGAUCUCCGAACAAUCAAAAGUAUGUAAACUGUGAUAGACCGGAAUUAAGGAGUAUUGAAAACAUAGAAGGCUGCAAUACCACAGGAAGGUGGGUCAAGUACGACCCAGACAUAGAAUGGGCAUGUCGAACAGUGGAUCAUCGCUACAAGUACUACAAAAACAUUUUCUGUUAUAUGUGUAACCCAGGGCAACAUAGGAGGAAUGAUCACGUAGUCGGUAGUUGCAACCAAACAGGAGAAUGGGCGGUCUUCGAUAAAAGCCUCCAGCAUGCGUGUGAAACAUCUCCAGCGGCCCCGGAAGCAUAUCCUUUCAAAAACGUCUUUUGUUUCCAAUGUAACAGAAAUACUAAUAACGACGAAAUCUUCUUAGAUUCAACCAUUGAUAUUGAGUCAGAUGAACGUGUUUGGAUGGAAUCAUUAUUCAAGCUAAGAAUAAAAUCUUUUGAUAACUUACAAGUCUACAUAGAGAGUCCAAUGGAUCGUGCUUCUACAACAAACACUACUUACAAUUCCCCAUUGCACGGUAUGACUGUGGAAGACAGGGGGAAGGAAGUUGGACAAUGGGAUGUGUACGACCCGGAUGUAAAAUGGGCGUGCGAGAAUUACAUACCAGACAUCACACAUCAUGUCAGUCAAGGAAUAUCUGAUUACGGUAACAUAUUUUGUAGAAUCUGCAACACGAAUUCAAACAGCAAAACACCCAUAGAUACUUGUAAUGAGAAGGGGCAUAUAGAGCCGACUAAUGUCACCAUGAUAACCAGAUGUGACGUCUACCCAAGGGCACCUUCCAUGCUUACUUAUAAGAACAAGUUCUGUGCAGAGUGCUACCCCAUGGACACCAAACUAUCCAAUGAAAUGUUUUACCAGCCAAAUAUCUACUUCACUGACACAGACAAGUGGUGUGACUCCGGCAUUGAUCCCACUCGUCAACAGUUCCUGCUUCAUACGUCUUUCUUCAUUGCUGCUAUGAUGGACAGAUUAGACACUGAAGAAAAACUGGUCAAUUUGACGUCAUCAAAUUUCAGUGUUAUAGUACAGGAUACAACGUGUCAUGUGCAGUUUGAGUACGACCAGGAAGCUCUCGAGUUGCCAACCACCAUACACACGGCUGACGUAGAGGGUAGCUGUUUCCUUGUCUCUCACGACGAAUUUAGCUAUGCUUCUGAUAAAUAUAAGUUGAGUUAUGUUUCGAAAUUUUUAGCAUGCCAGCACGUCGAAAUCGACGGAGACCAAUACGAAUCGGAGGAUGGUAGUUUCCAUGUCAACCUCUUGCCGAACGGACCGAGGUUACACUUUGGUGAAUUUCGAAAAACAUCUAUCUCUAAACGAGUACAGAUUUGUCUUGAUGACUUUGAAAAAAUGAUGACAUCACAAAUUGUCGCAGAUGAAAAUUCAACAAAAGAAACGGCGAUGUUUGUUCUUCAGGUCAUCUCUUUCGUAUGCGUUUGUUUAUCAAUUCUGGGUCUGUUUUCAACCUUUUUGACCUACUGUUUCUUCUCAUCCCUAAGAACCCUGCCAGGUAAAAACAACAUGUGUUUGAUAGUAUCUUUGUUUUUCUCGCAGUUUCUAACACAGCUUGGAAUAUCACAGCCAAAGGACAAAAUGCUGUGCGCCAUAUUUGGUCUCAUGAUCCACUAUUUUUGGCUAGCGACAUUUCUCAGUAUGAAUGUAUGUUCCUACCACAUGUUCCAAGUGUUUGCGUUCCCAUUAAGACAAGUAAAAUCGAAGAGAAGAGAGUGUUCGACUCAUCUCCGAUAUCUGUUCUACUGUUUAGGUGUGCCCGCUUUGAUCAUUGCAGUGUAUGUGACGGUUUCUGUGAUUGUGUACGACAGUAUCGGGUACGGGAAUAAUGAGAAAUGCUUUAUAGCCUCUUUACCCGCAUUUAUGGCUACAUUUAUUGGGCCUGUGUUCCUGAUCUGUCUGGUAAAUGCUGUAUUCUUCUGUGUCACGGUAUAUACCAUUUCUACGGUCCCUCACGUCUCCUCUAACAAGUCUUCUAGGCGGGAAGUCAGUAUACACAUCAAACUCUUUCUACUGACAGGCAUUUCAUGGAUAUUCCAGCUGAUCGACUCAUUCGUACCCAUGUCUAUAUUUUCUGUUAUAGUAAACUUUGUAAAUGCUUCACAGGGUAUUUUCCUUUUUAUCGCUUAUUCUGUAAACCGCCGGGUACGUACGUUCUAUACACAUCGCUUAUCUUCCCGGUUCACCACCAUAGCGUCACUUACAAAGUCAAGCAAAUCGUCCUCAGUAGAGGAACAUCGAGUUUGAGAUGGCAACCGGAUGUGAUA